UUCAAAUGAAACGAAUCAAUUGUUGUUUGUUUCUUGACAAUGAAUUGGUGUUCUUUAGUACAGUUUAUGCAGUGUCCGAUAGUGAAUAAGCUAUAUGUCAUCGUAGAAUAUAUAAUCAAAGCUGUUACACUUCACAAACUAGAUACGUCAUCAAUAUAUAUGCGAUAUAGAUGAAUUUGUAAUUUUAAAAGAACAUCGUUAGAUCAUCUAUCAAUAUAUCAUGAUUACAACUACCCUUAACCUCUCUUGAAACGGCCUGAAAAACCAAUAUCAGCUCUUACAUUUUCACUGUUUUAUUGUGCUUUGAUUUAUUGUCUUUUUACCUGCUGUUUAAAGAAACGCGAUCAUUGCACCAAUCGUAAAUUGUAUUGGUCUCAAAUUACUCACUGUUCUAUCUUAAAUCAAGCUUCGUGAGGGAAACGGUUAUUGAUGAAUGAAGCUGGUAUUGAGGGUGCUGUAUACACAUUCUGUCAUGUGACAGAAAUUAGUGAAACAUUCUGUCGGAGUGUUUAGUUAGUACACGAAUAACAGUUAUAAUUGAUAUCAAAAAUACAAGUACAAGUAUGACAAUCAAAAUAUUAUCAAGGCAAAGUUAUUCGUUGGCAUAUUUCAUUUUUCUUGGAUUUACUUUAUCUACAAAGUAUAGUCUUAUGGAAUAAAUUAUUAUUGUAUAUUAGUAAAUGUAUAUUUCACUAUACUAAAAUCAAUUCAUACAAUGUAUAAAAAAGCUAAAAUUGAACAUAAAAAUGUGUUGGAACUUCUUAACAAAUUGAGAGAUCAAUGUUUAUUAAAAGGUGUUGGUGGAUUAAAAUCACUAGCUGUUGCUUUCAGAAGAAUGGAUACAGAUUUUUCAAACUGUCUGUCCUACCAGGAGCUUGAACAAGGAAUGAAUUUAUAUGGAGUUGAAUUUGAUAAAAGCGAUCUCCGAUUGUUAUUUGAUUCAUUUGACAGGGAUAGAAAUAAAAAGAUAGACUUUCUAGAGCUUAUUGCUAAACUCAGACCUCCUAUGUCAAAACUUAGAAUCGAUGUCAUAAACCAAGCAUUCGAUUUGUUAGAUGCAAACAAAGAUGGUGUUUUAAAAUUGGAGGAUUUGAAGAUCGUCUAUUCUACAAACGCAAAAAGACAUCCAAAGUUUGUAUCCGGUGAAUGGACCGAAGAACAGGUGCUCCGGAACUUCUUGGACAGUAUUGAUACACCUGGAAAUCCAGAUGGUAAAGUAACACGCGAGGAAUUCAUGAACUAUUAUGCUGGGGUCAGUUCAACAGUGGAUGAUGACAGCUAUUUCGAUCUUAUGAUGCGGGCAUGUUAUGGCAUGCCAAAUAAAGGCUCAUGCAAAUAACGAAGAAACAUAAAUGUUUAGUUAUUGUUUUUUGUCCAAAAUAUAUGUUAUAAAAUGAUUUAUUACAUGUUGUAUGUGUAGACAUUGCUAACAAUUGGUGUUUAUACAGAAACACAUGGUGAAGGAAAACAGAACAUUUGCAAAAUGAAAGGUGAAAACACUCUUUUAGACAUAAUGGAUAUACGUUCAGGUUCCACUAACAUUUUUUUUACUUAUCUAGCGCAUUGAUGUUUAUCAGUCAUAAAUCAAUCAUUGAAUCACAAAUAGUAUAAACCGAUUAUAAAUGUUAAAGGGACGUUGAACCUCAGUCUUUAGAAAGGGAAUAAAAUAUGUAUUUUAUAAAGUAGUAAAAAUGGAUUUAGAACAUUUAAGAUGUUGGUUGAAGAAACAAGCGUUUCAAUAUAAAUAUUAAGUUUUGAUAAAGAAAGAAAAAGGUAAACUUUUGUAAUAUUUAAAAUAUUUUGACUUUCAUUUAAAAAAUACUAAAUCACUUUAAAAAUACUUAUUGCAAAAAUGCAAAAUAUGCAAAGCAUGGUUCAGGUUUAUGGCCGAAGAGUAAGUUAUUAUAAAAAAAUAGUUUGAAACAUAAAAGAAGAAAGAAGCGUUUGAUGAUAAAAAUGAUAUCAUUUUAUGAUUAAUGGGUUUUUAUUGAAUAGUUGCAGCAAUUAAAUAAUAGACUUCGUAAACACUGACGUUUAAAAUAAAUUAAUAUGGGAAUAUUAUGUUUUAUUAUUACCCCUCACUUUUAUCGUAAUGUUAAUUUCCC